AUGUUAACUAUGGAAGGAGGAUUAGCUGAACAUUUGAUCAGAAAUGAUACAUUUUCAAAUCAAUUAUUCCUUCAUGCUUCGGAAGAAGCAGGUUUGGUGUAUGAUCUUACAGACAUCCUCGGUAAAAAGACCAGCUUUCAAGAGCAUGAUUUGAGUCGACUUGUCCUGCUUGCUAAAGGUCAAACCCUGACAUCUUUUCUCAACACUCAAGCUGAGCCAUCUGAUUCUCCUUUGUCAACAAAACAAAAUGAUCCAAUCAUUAUGUCUGAUCAUCAAAUCAAAAAGAAUUCAUCAAUACCUUUGAUUUUGAUGAACCAAUCUGAUUUAUUUUUGAGGACUUGGAAUGAUUUGAUGAAGAAUGAGAACGCACUUGGGGUACCAAUUUAUUGGAAAAGAAGUCAGAUCCGGCGUCAUUUCUUAGUCACACUUGGGAUUCCUGUUGAUCUAAAUCAUUUCUUACCACCUGCAGAUAUUCCAAUAUACCACACCCACACCUAA